AAUACAACGCGAAUUUGACCUAUAAAAUAAACGAACAAUGGAAAAAAACGAACAAGAGGAAACAACAGACAUCUUUGAGGAAUGCAAUAACAUGGAAACAAUUAAGGACGAGAAUGAAGAAUCCUUGCAUGACCUUAAUUUCCAGGCUCUAAGUGCCACAACUGAUGAAGAAUUGCAAGAUUUUAACAAUUACCAAUCCAAAACCAAUAACAAUCAUCAUGUUGUACCCGUGGGGGUAAUAAUUUGCUUAGUGACCAUUUAUUUGGGUAUGACCAGUGUACAAAAAUGUCUAGUAAGUUGUGUGGAAAAUACUCUAAUGACCGAGCCAGAACUGCAGCAUAAAGACGACAUUUUAAGUUAUUUACAAAAAGCGGAAAAACUCGAUAAUUCACAAAUUCUCGAAAGACUUUUGGAAUACAAAGAUAUAUGCAAAGAUUUAGAAGUAUUUACCAAGGAUAUAAAGCCAAAUGACGAGGAGAAAGAUGAAGAAGACGUAGAUGAAAAUCAUUAUAAUGAAGAUAAUGCAAAUGAAGUUCUCAAGGUUAUAGAGGUCAGCGGUGUUGGUGAUGUUGCUGGUCGAGAGGAGGAAGAGAGGAUGAGGAGGGCAGUAGUGAAAGUAGUAGUGGUGCCAGUGGUAGUGGUGACUGUGUUAAGUCCUCACGCCGUAAACUUAAAAUCAAAAUAUUCUAUUAAGACGACAAAUUCUAAAAAUGGUUUCAAUAAAUAUAAUAAAUCGACCAAAGCCAAAUAUCAAAAAAAUCACAAAAAGGAAUUGAAUCUCAAUAAAAAGAACUCUACAGCAGAACCAAUUAUUUAUCUAUUCGCUCUAGUUUUUAUCUAUUUACUUUUAAAGGCUGCCUCGGAUAUUAAUCAGCAUUAUAAAUCGCAAAAUAAAAACGAUAAACGUUUAAGACGUUGCUCUUUACAAUCCUAUGCCCAAACCCAUCGACCGGAUCGUCGAGCCUCAAAAGAAUUGGCUUUAAAACAAAAACAACAGCUACAACAACAACAAACACAACGUUUAAAAACAUUAUCCCGCUCCUCCAGUCAAGAACAACAAAGUUAUCAUUAUACUCAUCAUCAUCAUCAACAGCAACAACAUUUAAUGGAUGCAUCACCACAAAAAACUGAACAACAUGUUAUUCAAUGCACUGGCUCUCCCGUACGUCCUAAAGUUUACUAUUCAAGCAAUUGGCAAUUAUUAAGACAGCAUACCACCACACAAUCUGUGGAUAAUUCUGAUCUAUUGAUUGGCGCACACGUUUGUUCAGUGCCAGCUGCCCUAAGCUAUCAAAGGCAAAAGUUAUCCACCAAUGUUUCACCAUUAAGUAUUGUUAAUGAUCAUGUUAAUGUAUCCCUAAGUAGACGCACCUCUAUAACAUCAUCCUUACCUUUAGCCACAAUGGAUCCUACAGAUAGUUUGGCACCAGAAACCAAACGUAGAGUACGUAUGAUAAAUAGACAUUAGGUGGGGUUGUGUGUGGAGUAGACGUUUUUUUUUUUAAUGGAAAAAUAUUGAUGUUUACUUUUUAAAUAUUAAAUAGAUAUUAAGAAAUCAUUUAAAUUACUCACCUAAGAUAAACUAGAAGAUGUUAAAUGUUAGCUGGACACAAUUAUUUCAUUUUUUUUUUUUUUUUUUUUGUGGCCCAGAGGGCUUUUGAUGCAUUUGGGACUAAAAAAAAAACUUAAACACUAAUGCCCCUUAAAGACUUAUUUUACAUUUCACUUUUAUUAACACAACCCUUUAAUAAAUAGAUUUUCUUUUAAUUACAUUUAUUUUAAUUUUAUUUCAUUUUUUUGUGGCUCAGAGGGCUUUUCAUGUAUUACAAUAAAAAGAUUUGAGACUAAACAACACUUAAACACCUUUUUUUAACUAAUGCCCCUUAAACACUUAUUUUACACUUCACUUUAUUAACACAACACUUUAAUAAUAAAUUUUUGUUUUAACUACAUUUAUUACAUUUAUUUUCAUUUUAUUUCAUUAUAUUAAUUUUUUCUCUAAAUUUUCUCGAACGCCACAACUCCCGCUUUAAAAUUCGCGUUAUUAUUAACAAUUGUCAAAUAAUAUUUAUAACAAGAUUACCAUUAUUACAGCUUAUAUGAAAUUAGCAUAAAAAAAUUUUACUUUACUUUACUUCAACAUUGAGAGCUUUGGCAAUCCUAGUGCCAAAGGAAACAAGAAAACAAAUGACAGGUUAACAAAUAACAAUUACAAUAGGAUUACCAUCAUUAAAGCAAGUAUGAAAUUAAGAGAUAUUUGUUAGUCAUAAACCCUAAAUUCUUGCUAAGGCAACUCUGUUAUAAAAUAAAUAGGAAACAGGAAAGCAAAACAAAACAAAAAAAUUACUUUUCCAAAAAUGCAGUUUGGUAAAGAAAUUUAGAUAUUUUAUGAAAAUCAUGAAUGAAAAUUGCUAAUAUAUAAUUUUGAUAAAGUAAAAAGUAUGCAAUUGGCCAAAAUGUAUUUGUUGACUACAGAAAACAGACCGCCAACUCAAGUACAAUCUUUAUUUUUAGGAAAAUACGUCACCAAAGUUCCUUUUUUAUGGUUUUUUAACAAAACUAAUCUAAAAUUAAGUUAAAUUGUACUAGUACUGACUAGAACUGACUAGAAGUGAACUAA